AUGACACAGCCUCGCACACAAGGCAGUGUUUUUUACCACGAGGUCGUUGGACAUUUAGUCCCAGCCAAUAACGUAUUUCUGCCCAACAACGCAGGCUUGGGUGGCUUUCACAGGGAUCCUCAGCAAGCGGGACCUUUCGAACCAGACGUCAAUCCUAUCUGUCGGUCAUUCGAUCCCGAGGCUGGUGGCUUGGCCCGGAAUAUAGCUGACCAUAGGGAUCAGCUCAAUCCAUUCCAGGGGUUUCUUGCGAACCAGCGCAACGGGGCCCAAUCGAGCCUCCGAAACCCCUUCGCCACACAGCCUGACCCCAGUCCUGCACAAGAGCCACGUAUGAGUGGCUCUGAAGACGGAGGAAGUAUAUCAAUUGAGUCAUCUGACGAGGAGAUGAAAGAGAAACAACUGGAACAUGCUCCCGACGUUCCUAAGGCUGCAGGUGGUCAUCCACGAAAGCGCAAGGUACAGAGGAACCGAGCCCGAGACCGGGAUCGAAAGCGUAAAUUCCAGGCCAAGAAGGCGAGAGAGCGCCGUCAUGGACAAGGUGGUCAGCCUCGUCCAUCGGGGCCACAAAGACAGGGCGGAAGGCAAGGAGGAGCUUGGAGUGGGACAGGGAAUCAGCCGCAGCCUGAUUCGCGGUUCAAUCCUCCAACUGGACCGAGGGCAUGGAAACAACAGCACGGCUGGCGUGGUACAUUUUGA